CUACAUCACUUGCGGAUUUCCGAGAAUCUUCGGUUAUGUCAUUAAAUAUUCCAUCUCAGUCCCUCUCGACCGAGGUGGUUUUGGUGGAUGGAAUCUAAUGCUGACCAGCUGUAACACUGUUGCGUGGGUGGCUAUUAGUUUUUACUAUACUGUCAUGGCGGUGUUGUCUCCCAAUCUCAUACGCGGUUUGGUUUCCACCCUGCAAGCACUUUUGGCGUUGGCAAUGAUAACAGCAGGAGUCUUUGAUCGAGUAAAAACGGACUCUAAUGUUAGCCGUAUUGUUAUGCCAAUUUGGACGGGAUUUUUGGUAAGUAUACAAACUGCCGUAAAGAAAACGCUGAAUGACUUAAGACUCGCAUUCGUUUCAAGAAACAUGCUAUUAAUCGUAAAUUACGUAAAAUAAAAUAAUUCACGUCAAAACAUCCUCACUAUCCUACCAAAUCGGAUGGCUACUAUUUUGAAGAAUUCAAUCGAAGCAAAAAGUCACAUAGUACUGAUAUUACAUACUAUUUCCGACAUUCGAUUAUUUUCCGCCAUCGUUUGUUGCAAGCUCUGCUCCUCUUUUAAUCAUACUUUUGCCCAUUAUUUCGCCUUACAAAGCUAACAUCAAAUUAGAAAAAUGAUAUUAGUGUACGCUAAAGUGUGAAGAUGGAAAGGGACUGCAGAGAUAAUGUGCGCAUAAAGAUGUUAUCGUCCAAGCUCUAUCAAGCGGUUACCCUGUAAUAAGCAGUCAGUUUGAAAGUUCUGAAAUCAUUACCCCGUAAUUGUUGUAACCUUCACUUCUAUCAAGCGGUCACCUUUAUUUAGGGUCAGAGUCACCCAUUACUGAAUCCUAACGGCCCUUUUGUGUUAUCAUCUUCCUAUAUUGAACGGUCACGUACAGUGAAACUACUGAAAUAAUUAUAACUAAGAAUUAUCUUUCAAUUAAAAUUUGAUCCAUGUUUAUCUCCCGAAAUCAAUGUUAGUAGUAUUUUUGACCGACUUUUUUUGCACAUUAAGAGGUACAUUAUGGCAUAAAAUGGAGAUUUUUAUCGUAUUUCUUAAAUAAUCCCACUCUGUGGAACGUAUACUCAGUGGCCAACCUGCAUUAAGCGGUCACCCAUGGGUGAUCGCUUAUACAUGUUCAACUGUAUAUGGAUCACAGUGAAGAUCAAAACGACCUUGGCGAAUUGUUAAUGACAAACUUUAAAAUCAUAAUUAUUGAAGCAUUAUGAAAAAAAGAAUGGCUUGAGUUUUUAAUUGAAAUGCACACACCAUCAUGCAGCUCAAGGUUGUACAAUAAUUACAUGUGCAAAUUUAAUUCAAGUUGCUUAUUUUUCUUCACAAAUUUUCAGUUGCUGGUUUCUGCAGCAGUUGGCGUUGUGAUGGUGAAUAAAACAAACAGCCCAUAUUUUUUUAGCAUGGUGAGAAACAAGAUUUUCUUGUCUCAUUAAGAAAUUCACUACAAAGAUCUUAUUGAAUGAGAAAUAUUGAAGGAAAAGGAAGACAAGAAGAAGGAAAAAGAAUCCAGGUCACAUAGUCAAUUUUAAAUUUUUAGGAAGUUUGUAACCAUGCAAUCAUGCAUGAUCCAUUAUCUGUUAUUUUCUCAUAUCUUCUUAAAAUUCCAUAAUGUAAGAAAGUCAAAAUCAUUUCAUUCGAAAAACAACGAAGAUAAGUGAAAGAAGGAAAGGGUUUUAUCAGAUGCAUGGUGCAUAACAAACUGUAGGCUUAGGUUUCAUGCGGAGCAUACAUAAGACAGCCCUUCAUAGGUGUUGAGUGAAUAAGCUGUCACAGAUGAAUAAAUUUGUCAAUGUAUGUGUUCAAUGUUAUAUUUGUUUUGACUGAGAAUUCAAAAUUAAUUCAGACAUCACCUUAUCAGUACUAUAUCACUGAAGAAGCACUUUAUUUGUCUUCAUAUCUAUUAUCUUAAGAUUUAAAGGGUACUUAAUUGAUUUUUUUGAUCAAAUUUAAAAUACAUUGCAAACAAAAGUUAAUGCUGCAUGUACUACUUCACUUUCCACAGGUUGCUACAUACAGAGCAAUGAAUAUAUUCUGUUCCAUCUUAUGUAGCCUCAUAGCCUACUGCUAUGGAUGGUUAUUCAUCACUGUCCUUUCUUAUGAGACUGAUGAGACUGCAAUUGUAGGCACUAUUUUUGUGUUGGCAAUGACUGAAAUUUUCCUUUCUAUUUUGGGAACAAUGGCCUCAAUGGAAAGAAACCCUUAUUCACAGGUAACCUAUUAGAGAAAGAUAUUUUUUGUCUUGUCACAAGUGUGGGACAAAGAAAAAAUUCUGAGUCCCUAUGAGGUAUCAAACCUCAGACCUCCGAUGCUCUACUGCCAAGCCACAGAGACUCUACGGUGAGCGAGGUCUAUUGCAAAGUUCAUAUGACACAUGUCCUGAAUACUGCUAGGAUCAGUGAUGUCAAUAGCAGCGUGUUUGUAAAUAGAAUAAGGGAAAUGGUAAGUUCUGAGCUCAGUAAAGAAAUAGAGAAAGAUGUUUAACCACAUAGGUUAACGACAUAAUUUUUCAGCUUACAUGUUUGAGACUUCAUUGAGGUCUUUGUAUGAAAAUGACCAUACACUGCUUUACCAUUGAGCUUAUAUCAUAGGUUUACUUAAAUUAUAGUGAGAUAAACUUAAUGUGGAAGAUAUUUUUAUGAUUCUUAACUACUUAGAUACCUUAUAGGCUGAAUAUUAAUGUAUCCACUGCUUUUCACUGGAUUGUUGUGUUAAUAAUCAUAUUAAUUUAUACACUUAAUAAAUGAUUCAUUCAUUUAUCUGUAAUUACCUUUGUAAUAUAUAUUGUCAUUUUACAUAUUGCACAUUCAUUUAUUUAUUCACUCAUUUAUUGAUCUGUUUGUCUCAAUUUGUUUUUUGAAAGCUUGUCAAUGCCCCAGUAGAGGAAUCAACUGACAGAGAGAUGACAAUCCCUUUGCCUUUAGUGCAAGUUCAAGGAAGUAAUUUUGUGACAAGAGGUCCUGUUCAGGUAGUGAAGUACUCAUUAUGCAAUAUGAUACCUUUUCAAAAUGUGAUCAUGUAUUGAUAUUGUGGAAUAAUUCCCAAGGAAAAAAUUAUUUAACAUAAUAAUCCAUCAAAUGUCUUUGCUCUCGCAAAAUCUAAAGGUCUAAACGCAUUGUGUGAUAGAAUAAAUGCCCCUACUUUAUCCUUUACUCCCAUAAAUGACCAAGAUAGAAUUUCUCCUUACAAUAUCAACCAGACUAGUGAUGAUAAUAAAGGAAUUAUUUAGUUGAUCGAAUAUUUUAAUAUUCUUAAAAGUUGAAAUAAAUAACUUAAAUAAAUAUAAACAAAAAUAACUUUAAAGUUCUCUGAGCUAAUACUACAAGAACAAGGCGUGAAAUUGCCUGAUACAGGUGCCAAUGAACUAAAUUUUUCACUUUGGUGACCAAAUCCUGAAAAUUAGUCCUCAAAUUGGCGACUAGAAUGCUUCGUCAUAGCCAUACCUAGAGAUAUAGAGAAUAUGAAAGAUUUUCAAAGAGAUAUCCGCGGCAAGCUUCCUCGUUAAGUUUGUUUAAUUUCCAAAACGCAGCACAUGUAUCUCGAUCGAUAAUUAGUCGCCAUCUUUGGCGUGAGCUUGAACGUUGUAUAACACGCAUCCUAGUGUCCACUUUGUAGAACUUUGUAGAACAUAAUUUUGGAGGGUCUAUCUAGAUCGCUGACACCACUUUGGGUCGAGGUUUCGUAUACACCCUUUGACCAUCGAGUAUCUUUGUCACCUGAACAGUUAUUGUUUAGGCGGUUGAAUGAUGAAUAAUAUCACUGGAGUAGUCCAUUUUACAGUUGAGUGGUUGGUUGCCAAGCCUUUGAACAGGAGUGAUGCUAAGGUUGACCUUGUUAUGAUACAAACCUUGCUGCUUUUCAAAUGCAACGUACUGUGUUAUCAUGCUUACUAGAUACUGGUAUCUAUCACAACACGGUCACUUUCAGCCUCACUCCAAAUCAAAGGCUUGGCCACUAAGUGUACAACAGAAAAAUAUUCAAUUGUUGAAAAUGUGUUUCUAUGUCACUGAGUGGUAUAGUUGAUGCCACGUUCUAUGCAAACUUGCACAUGUCAUUCUAACAGGCUACAAACUAACUGGGAAUGUAUGAGUUAGGAGAAUUUCAAAUUGCAGUGAUAUUAAUGCAUUUUGUGUCAUUUAUGCCUUGUUUUUUUUUAUUCUCAAGGGAGGUAUUCAGGCCCCAACUGGCGCACCAACCUACCAAGCUGCACCACGAGGUGGCUCACAUGUGAUGGUGCCCCAAGGGUACAUGGGUCAUUUAGUGAUGGUACCCGCCGAAAACAUGCAGAAAAUAUCCCACACAUCGGGAACAGCCCAAAUGUAUGUUCCAGUUCCCUCUCAAAUGCCCUAUCAAACCACCCCUUCGAGUUCUACCCUUCUCAUUGGAGAUCUAUAGGUAUUCAUCAGUUCAGUCUGAUUUGUUGUCAUCAUACUUUCAUGAAACCCCUAGCUGGCGACUUCUUAGAUGUUAGUGGUAAAUUUUAUGGCAAUUUUUGCUUUCAUUUCUCCUUCCUUGAUCAGUUUGAGAGAGAGAUAAAGAGAGAAAGAGGUAAUUCUGUAAUUCACGAGGGUGCAGUUAAACUGAGGGUCAAGAAUAUCACACCUAGGGUACUUGCCCAACUUUUUAUGUCGACAUUUAGGCUGUGUUUCACUUAGUGACAUUCUUCCGAAUGAGCUCUGAGUGUUGCUCAGUAACUAAGUAAUGUCGGGUAGAUUGUUCGGAUUUGCGCCCAUACCCCAUUAGGGCCCAGUUGUUCGAAGGCCGAGUGGCGCUAACCUAAGGUGAAAUUUUAUUCUAGGUUUCUCCAUUCCUAUGUUCAG